GUAUGACAACAUGACAACAGACACUGACAACCUGUUUGAAUUUAAAAUUUGUCAGUUAUAUUUUACAUUACAGGUUAAAAAAAUAAUAAUAAUUACACAUUUAAUAUUUACUACAGACCGGGCGACAGAAAUAUAUAAUAUACACAAAAUGGGCGACUUUGAGAUUAUAGAAUGUAGUUUCAACAAUGCAGAUGAAACCAUAAAUUUUGGUACUAGAAGCAUGGGACCAGUAACUACAUGUUUAUUUGAAAUUUGUACUUUAGCAUGCUUUAAAUCUGAAGAUGAACUUUUUACCGGAGUUUCAGACUUACAAAUCAAUGCUCUCAUUCGUAACGGGCAAUUGUUUUUUGCAACUGAUAAAACGUUGAGGAUAUUUCAGAAUAUGGAAAUAAAAAAUAUGAUAUUUAAUGCUUGUUUCGACUCAAAUAUAUCUUGUAUAACAUUAUCCCCAGAUGACCGAUUUUUGAUGGUGUGUUUUGAGACAGGAGCUCUGUUCUUAUUUACCAUUCAUGAUCAGGAUAUUGAAAAGGUUUAUUCGGGGAGUAUAUGUGAAAAUUUGGCUCCACAGGGGAUACAUUCAAUCGAUUGCUCCGAAGACGAUGAAGUCAAUGCCCAUUUUCUAAUAGUGUAUCCAAAUGGAUCAAUUUUCAGAUUAAUUGUUAAGAACAACGAUACUGGAUUUGAUGUCACUACAGAAGAAAUUAUCAACUUAAAAUGCAAAGUAAAUACAUCGGAUUAUUCCUAUCCUUUACUUAGUAUCAACGGCUCUUCAUGUUACAUUUUAAACACAGAAACGAAGGACGUAAUUACCCAUGAUGCUUUUAAAGUGAAAAAUUUUUCUACCCUCGAUAACAUGCUGCUCUCGCUUGAUUUUGACGGCAAUAUCUUUAAAUUGUGUCCGCUAACUUUAAUAACCUUCCAUAUUGAGUAUGAUUUUCUCAUUGAUGAGAUGUUGGUCAUGAAUGGAAGUAAAUCACAAAUAUUGGCAGUAACAAAACCAAACGAAACAGGCGAAAUAUUCCUGCAGCUACUGGAAUCAGAUUUCAGCCAAAUUUUUUCAUUGCGUAUAAACUUUCCUGUAUAUCUCAUUCAGAUGGACUUUACGAAAAACGAUAUUGUAUUCGCUUCCAAAGUAACCUCGGAAGACAGAAUCAAAGAAUUGCGUUUACAAUCUGUGUAUGAGACCGAACCGGAAUCAAGGCUUAUGAGACUGGUUAAACGAAGAAGGUUUGUGGAAGCAGAACAAUUUGCGAAAACAUUCAACAUUGACCCUUCCAUAAUUCUAAAAGCGAAGGCUCAGUUGAUUGUUGAUAAAUCAAAAUGCAGUAGCGGGGACAUUAAAGAUUUGUUAAAUUUGAUGGACUCUAUAAACGAUGCUCAGUUUAACUUACAGUGCUGCACCAACGUGGAUUGUCCUAACUUUGAUGAUGUGAGGCAAAUAUUGACGUACGGAUCUAAAAUUACACCAAAGCCUGGGGAUGAAAGGAAAGAUGAUGUUUUGAGCAUGAAAGAAACAAUGUUAGAUCUUCUGUUCAAAUUCGAUACCUUCAUGGCUUUGUCACAUGGUGGGGACAUUCUAGCUUGGACCAAUUUCUCAAUGUGUAACCUGCUUUUGGAAGUCAAGAGCUACUUGAAAGCUUAUCGAGUUCAAGAUGCCAUCAUAGUAUAUAGUAGAUUGGGUGCUACAGAUCUAAGUUCUUUGAAUCUGCAACACGUAGAAGAUAUAUUGGAAAUAUUAAAUAAUUUACCAGCGGAUCUAUACGAACCAUUCUUACCAACAUUUAUUCCUAUUACAAUGACACACCUACCAUCGGCUCUAUACCUGUUCGGGAACUGGUUGCUGAACAAAAUAUACCAAAUGGAAAAAAGGGAUACCGCCAAUUUUCCGGCAAAUGCCAUCAAAAUGGUCGACGAAAUCGUGAAACUUAUUCGAGUAGAAAGUAAGAGCUACAUUUCAUUCCAGAGACACUGUUUGUCAAAUAAGGAUUUUGACCAUUUGGCUACGAUUACUGAAGGGCUGAAAACUCUUCAAACGUUAAAGAAGAAGUUCGGAAUAACUAUUCACCUUAACGAAUAUUUAGAAGGCCCGAAAGUGCUUACAACAGCUCUUAUGAAGUUAUCUAUGGCGUCCGAUCAGUAUGAUUAUUUUCUAAAAGAGUUCCUUUACACAUUUAUGUUACAAAACGAGAUAGACCCUGAUACCAUUUUUGUAGAAGAAAUAAAUAACUUACUUCAGUUUAGUGAAAGUUGGAUAGUUAUUAUUGAAGUUAUUUUAAAACAUAUAAGUUCUGUUGAAUUGAAGCUUCGGACUGUAAAGGACAUCUUAGAAAAAGCUCCUGUUCCAUGGUGUGAAGUAACCAGAAGAAUUGCUCAAAGUGCUCUACAAUUAACUCAUCCUUUGGUUAAAGACAUCGAGCUUAUUUAUAACGACGAACCCAGAUUAAUCGUUUUGAGAAAUGCUAAAUAUGGAAUUAAGAAGGCACAAAAUGCCAAUGGGUUUAAUGCAGUAAUACGUAGAAUCAUAUAUGUGAAUGAACCCCAUAUGAUCGAUGACAUCUACCAGUUUUGUAGUUCGGAAAAGGAAGAAAUUGAAGCCAGUAUUAUUUUGAUUCAACGGUUGAUUUAUACAGGUCGAUUGGAUGAGAGUAGAGAUGUAAUUGCCCUCCGUCUAAAAACUGGCGUUGCUUCAUGUCUAACAAGAAUAAUAAUUUUUGCAGAAAGUAUAAUUAAUGACAAGUGUAUUCGACUACAACAGGUGAAAACUAACUUCUAUGAUAUGCUUCCGCAAUUAUAUCAAAAAUUAAUAGGAUUGACGUCUGGAGAUAUCGAAAAAAGACAAUUAGAAGAAGAUUGUCGAAUAUUGAGAGGUGUAUAUUACUUUAAUAAUGAAUUUGGUACAGAAUUUGUGACUGAAGAUUUUAAAUCUCCAUCUACAAAGAAGAAAAAGUAUGAUGAAUUACUACAAUCCGUAUUGGAUAUUAUUGAUCCAGCAUCCAUCUCCUUCUCCGAGUUUGUCAGUUACUCAGAAAAAAUUGCGUAUCACCUGUCAAAAGAUAAGGAUGAAGUUCUUGUAACACUAUGCGAGAAAUUUAAAAAGUUCGAUAUGAUGUACAAAGCCGGUGAACAUUUGCUGGACAACAAUUCGACAUCGAGUAACAUGUGCAUUGUUGCCAGUUUGUUUGUAAAAUAUUUGGGUUCCCAGAAUUUGCCAGAAUUCGAUGCUUCCCGGUUAGAAAACGAUUGCGAUCAAACUUUGCCGACAUUUGUUAAUCUGAAGUAUGAAGAUGAUUCUUGUAAGAAUGAUAUUUUCGUGAAUAGCUUAAAGUUAGCCGGUCAGCUUAUAACAAAAGCUCAGUUGAAAGCGGAUCCCUGUGAUCUCUUAAAAAUUAAUGAAAUAAACGAUUGGAUUAAUAGUUGUUACUACCUGACGUUACAAGAUAGUACUUUGCAUGAUAGGCUUUAUAAACAUUUGUAUUGUCCAAAAGAGAAUCUGCCGAGUACCACUGUUCUAUCUACAAUUAGGAAUUGUUAUGAAGCUUACGUCCUUACGAUAAAAAAAAAGUCGUACACCACUUCUGAUUACUUGGCAUAUUUUGGAACAUAUAUUGAGGCACGAAAGGAGCCAUUGGUUUACGAAAUAUCAAAUCUUACAUCUGCGAUCGACUUAUUUUGUAGAGAAGGCCAACAUCUCACGGCGUUCUCCUUGUUAAGAACGUUAUCGAAUACUUUGUAUUUACAACCGGCGAUGGACAAAACCACCAUUAAGCCUCUACGUACCUUACUUCAUACAAGAUUCCUCCCACAACUUAUGUACGCAGUUGUUUCUGCUAAAUUCAUCGAUUUGGAUCUUCUGUUUACUCUUCUCAUAACUGCACGGCAAGAUGCUAUGAAGUAUUUGAUGCAUUAUUUACAAACGAAUAAAAGGAAUUCUAAGAAGUUACACGAUUUGUCUCUAGUAGGUAUACGUUUAUUGGACUUCUAUAAAGAAACCAAAGGAAGAGAUCUGAUGGUAAACUCAGUCAGGACUUGUAAAUGGUGGAGAAAGUUAGCGUCCGUCCAUUCGAAGAUUAUGUAUGACGAAUUUUUUAAAAUUGAUGCAGACACGAGGUUAAAGAGUUUGAUAGCGUUGGAAGCUGUUGGUAUUAAAGACAUACAGAUUUAUUGCGAAGAUUACAACUUACCUGUGGAUAAAUAUUAUAGGGAAUUUCUCAGAAGUUCUUUGGUAAAUUGGAAGCCCGAAUACGAGAUCGAGUCUCAACAAGGUAGAAAAACAAUCGUCAUGAAAAAUAAUGAAGACGCCCUCCAUAAAAUUUGUCAAGAUAUUAUUAGUGUAAUAGGAGACAGUGAAAAAAAGAGUGUCUUAAAAUCAAUGGAAAUUAUGUUAAAAGAGGUAAACUUUUAUCAUUACGAAGUGUUCCAUACAAUUUAUAAAAUUUUGGAAAACAAUCAACUACUGACAAACUCAGAGUACAUCGUAAUGCUCCAAUUUUUAAAAUCCUACACGAGAUUUCAAAGUCCCAGCCAACGAGAAAAAGAAGAGUGGUAUAUUACGUUUCCAGACACACAAAUUUUGGAUCCUCUCUCAGAAUACAGACUUCCAUUCACACCCAUUCUAUUCACGUCUGAUAUUUGGAGUAUUCUGAGACCAGAAAUCAGUCUUAGAUCUUACGAACUUUGGUUCCCGGCGACCAAGAUGUUGAAGCAUCUGAAGAAGGACGAUAUUUGUGUUUAUGCUGUUAAACAGGUCGUGACGAGCGGUAUAUUGGGUAAAGAACAAUCAAAAGACUGGCUUCUUUAUUCAAAAUUUGAUGAUUUAUUUGAAGAAGUUGACAGAUGCGUUCAACAUAUCUCUGACUUAGAAAGGGCUACAUCAGUUGUCUAUCAUCUUAUGAAUUACAUACCCGAUGGAGCCGAUAAAGUAAAGGCAGCCCUGCUGAGCUUCAAGUAUGUAACAGCCUAUCGAAACAACCACUUAAGCGACGGCGAGGUAGAGAGAGCUUUCAUCAAGGUCAAAAAUAAAUAUUUUGGACUGUCGGUAUGUCACAUUCUGAACAGAUUUAAUUUAGCAAAAGAGAGCUACUUGCAAUUGGUUACUCAACCGCACAGUUUGAUCGAAGCGCUGUACAUGGACAGUAGAAUCCCAAAAUACGCUGGCACUUUUUGCUUUGAAUAUUCAGAUAUAAAUAAUGCGGUGGAUUCUUUAUGUGAGCUAUUUAAUUUGGAUGUUCAAGAAAUCCGCAAGGACCUCUUGCACCGCUGGUUGAACAGUUCUUAUUUGGAAUUAGACACGGAGACUUAUUCUUGUUUCAUGCCGAACAUGUCAUCCGCACCAAAAAUUAACAACGAUGAAGACAAUUUAAAAAGAGCCAUUUAUAUAUGUUCGAGCGGCAAUCCAAAGGACUGGCAGUCUUAUCUUCUUGGAGUCGGAAUAAACGAAGAAGACGAGGAUGAAGAAGGCAAACAGAACAAGUUUUCGUUUAAGGCAAAAGCGUUAAAAUGUUUUUGCGCAAUCGCCGAUGAAGAGACUAUAGUUACGUUGACCAAGUUGUCAUAUAACGAAUUUUUAAACUACAUAGAUAAGCUCACUCUAUUGAGUGACUUGGAAUCGUUGGGAAUAUUUUUAAGUGUGGAAACUUUACAACAAUAUAACAAAAAGGAGUUAUUAAAAAAACUUUCAAACAUUGGAAAACCACUAGCUAUCAAGUGUAUGGGAGCACUGUGUAUUACCUAUCUGUUGGAAGAAAAUUUAUAUUGGGACUAUAUUGUCAAGAGUUCCAUCAAACUGGAAAUGAUAGACGAGCUGAAAAUAUAUGUGGAGUACCUUAAAAACAAACGUGACAAAAAGUUAUAUAUUCAUGCCUGGCAGGCGAUUAUAGAUAAAUCAUUUCACAAAAUAUCAAAUAUAUCAGAUGAAAACUUGGAAACAGUUUUAGUGAACAACUUUUUAAUUAUUCAGUCUUGUCCAGUAUCAUUUUCCUUAAAUUUCGAUAAAAUUAUUCACACUUGUGUUGAUUUGGGCAAACCUGAAUUUGCUGCUCUAUUGCUUCAGUACAUGUCCAAGGAUAAACAGGCAGAACUAGAAAUAGAUAUUUUUAAGAAUCCUUUAAAAAGUUCUGCAUUGGAAAAAUUAAAGAAGAAGGGACUAUGGGGAGUUAGAAGUCUGAAACAUGUAGAAUCGACUGAUUAAUGCUAAGUUUAAUAAAGAAGUUACUUAUGUUAAUUAUUUUUUUAACAAUUUGUUAUUUUGUAUUUUUAUAAUAAAGUUAAUAAUAUAUUU